GUAUGUAUUAGAGAGAGAGGAGAGUUUUUGGCUCACACGAGAAUUUCAAAGUAUAAAGCCACUGACUUGGGGCAUCCAAUCGAUCAUUCUUCCACUUGAUCCCACAGAGUGAUCACAAUAGAUGGACUACUAUUUGUCAUCAAGUGCCAAAGGAGUUUAAUCGAAAAACCAAAGAGCAUCAUUUCCACAAGUGCAACAUCAGUGUGUACCUUUGGCCUGAGAAUUUUUCUUAAUUCUGCAAAGAUUUGUAAUUUAGUUUAUUUCCCUGCAUGAAAGUGAAGUGUUUGUUUGACGAGAUUUAGUAGUUUGAGAAGAGAGAAGAAAAACUAAAGGAAAAAAUGAUAUCAAAAGUGUUCCUGUUCACAACAAGGCGUUUCCCAAAUUACAUUGGGCAGCAUGUGAAGCGCCUGGCAACAGCAUCAGAAGCUGGCUUUAAGCAUGAUCUUCGGAUUGUUAAUGGUGACAUAGCGCGGCUAUCGCCAAAGGUUCGGGCAUUUAUUGAGGAAUCAGCAGCACUGUGUCAACCCAGCAAGAUUCACAUUUGCAACGGUUCAGAUGCGGAAAAUAGCGAACUUCUGGCCAUUCAGCAGCGUCAGGGUACCAUUGUGCCACUGCCAAAGUACGAAAAUUGCUGGUUAGCCCGAACAAAUCCCGCUGAUGUUGCACGUGUGGAGUCAAAAACGUUCAUUUGCACCGAAAGGCGCGAAGAGACCGUCCCUACGCCAAAGGCUGGUGUUACAGGUGCACUGGGGAAUUGGAUGCCACCGCAGGAGUAUGAGAAGGCUAUUUCCCAACGAUUCCCGGGUUGCAUGAAAGACAGGACGAUGUACGUGGUGCCAUUCUCAAUGGGCCCAGUGGGAUCGCCCUUAGCUAAGAUUGGUGUUGAAAUUACGGAUUCCCCGUAUGUUGUGGCAUCAAUGAGAAUCAUGACGCGCAUGGGGAGCAAUGUGAUGGAGCAAUUGGACAAAGGGGAGGAAUUUGUGAGGUGUCUGCAUUCAGUUGGAACCCCGGCGAAUGGUGUGAUGGAUAUGCCAUCGUGGCCGUGUGAUCCCGAACGUACAAUUAUCAUGCAUAAGCCAGCAAUUAAUGAGAUUGUCUCCUACGGAUCGGGCUAUGGGGGAAAUUCGCUCCUAGGCAAGAAAUGCUUCGCACUGAGAAUCGGCAGCACAAUUGCCCAUCGAGAGGGAUGGCUGGCUGAACACAUGCUCAUCCUUGGCAUCACAAAUCCCCGUGGGGAGAAACGCUACAUUGCAGCAGCUUUCCCAUCGGCGUGCGGAAAGACAAAUCUCGCCAUGCUAACACCCACACUUCCGGGAUACAAGGUGGAAUGCGUUGGUGAUGACAUUGCAUGGAUGAAGUUCGAUUCGCAGGGGCAAUUGAGGGCUAUUAACCCAGAAAAUGGGUUCUUUGGCGUUGCUCCGGGUACGUCAAUGGCAACAAAUCCCAAUGCUAUGGCAACAGCAUUCCGCAAUUCCAUCUUCACCAAUGUUGCAUCCACAUCUGAUGGUGGGGUGUAUUGGGAGGGUAUGGAGGAACCCGCAGCCGGGGUAAAGAUCACCGAUUGGCAGGGACGUCCGUGGAAGAAGGGAGAAAGUAAAACACCAGCAGCUCAUCCGAAUUCACGAUUUUGCUCACCAGCAGCUCAAUGCCCCAUAAUUGACAAUGCCUGGGAGGAUCAUGAGGGUGUACCAAUUAGUGCCAUACUCUUCGGGGGUCGUCGACCAGCCGGUGUGCCGUUGGUGUAUGAGGCAAAUUCAUGGGCGCACGGUGUCUUUCUGGGGGCUGCAAUGAGAAGUGAAGCUACCGCAGCAGCUGAACACAAAGGAAAGGUUAUCAUGCAUGAUCCCUUUGCAAUGCGUCCCUUCUUCGCCUACAACUUUGGUCACUACCUCGAUCAUUGGCUAAGCAUGCAGCAACGUUCGAGCUCCUUACCCAAAAUCUUCCAUGUCAAUUGGUUCCGCAAGGAUGCCAAUGGUAGCUUCAUGUGGCCAGGCUUUGGAGAGAAUUCUCGAGUACUCGAUUGGAUUCUACGACGCAUUGACAACGAACCAUGCUAUCAGGAUACGGCUAUUGGGAAAAUCCCAAGCGCAGGAUCACUCAAUACGAAAGGUCUCUCGCAGCCUGUUGAUCUCGAGUCCCUCUUUUCAAUUCCCAAAGCAUUCUGGAUGCGUGAAGUGGAGGAAAUUGCAAAGUACUUUGACAAUCAAGUGGGAAAAGAUCUUCCGGAAGCCAUUGGCAGGGAAAUCAGUGAACUCAGGCGACGAAUUCACGAUAUUAAGGAAUAAAGAAUUCUCAAACAUGCACCAAAGUAUAUAAUAAGGAAAGAUGGUUGGAAAAGACACUAACAAACAAAUUUAUGAUAUAAAUACCUUUUGUAAAUUUUUUUUAAAGAUAAUUUGUGAUAAAACACAUUGUUUUAGUCAAUAGGAUCAAAUUAAUGAAGAGAUGCAUUAAAAAAAAGAUUUGUAAGAAAA